AUGGGCAUGAGCAAGAAGUGCACUGCUGUUGAUUCGCUCUCCGAUGCUUCUUCUACAUCUUCUCGCGGCAGCAAAGUCGCCGACGGUCCCAGCAAGAAGCCGGCGACGAUUGAAAUGAGUGAAGAGCGCAAAGGUGGUGAAGAGUAUUCGGAUCGCCGUCUCUUCAUUUCAAACUUCCCGUUCUCGUGGCAUGAGGAUGAUCUUCGUGCCUUCCUUGAGGAUUAUGGUCCGGUGAUGGAAGUCAACAUUGUCUACAAUGAGCGCGGCAGCAAGGGAUUUGGCUUCGCUACCAUCGACGACCCUGAUCGCUGCUACCGUGCCCGCAUGGAGCUAAACCACACGGUUGUGCAAGGACGCCGGGUUGAAGGAAACGGGCUCAUGGAUGUGCACACGUAUUACGGACGCCAGAGCGGCGCGUCUCCUUUGACGCCGCCUCCUAGCGGCUCGGUCUACGGCAAUCUCUUCGCAAAUCCUUUCAACAACGCCAUGGGAAGUACCGACAAUUUUCCGGAUCAACCGCUGCAGCCCGGCUACCUGCAAAACUAUGGUCGUCCGGGACAGGAUCUGAGGAAGAUUUGGUGCGACCCAUCGGCCGCCGCCUUGAGGCCCCUUGAUGGUUUCGAUCGGUCUUAUUCGGCGAAUGUUAUGUGCGAGCUAUUCGAAUUCCCGAGCUGGGUACCGGGACCUAUUCAAGCAGGCUACAAGACAAAGGGCAUAGGUGGAUUGUUCCGCUGGCAACUGGAAGUUUUGGAAGGCGCCCUUACAACCACUGAUAAUGUAUUAUAUGCUGCUCCCACCAGCGCUGGCAAAAGUUUGGUGGCAGAACUUCUGUGUCUUCGUGCUGCCAUGGCUGACCAAAAGAAUCUUUGGAGAAACCUGGACUAUGAGGUGGCUGGCUUCGUCGGUGGACAUCAGCCAGUGGAUAAUGAAUGGAAGUGUGCGGUCUGCACAAUGGAGAAAGCAAGCUCGAUAUUGAAUCGCAUGAUUGCUGACGAAAAAUAUGACGAAUUAGGCAUUGUCGUUGUCGAUGAAUUGCACAUGGUCAGCGAAGAUUCACGCGGUAACGUGCUUGAGGAUCUUAUCGCAAAGGUCCAACUCCUUCGAAAGAUGACGAAAAACACUCUGCGGAUAGUUGCUAUGAGUGCGACGCUGGAUGAGGAUCCGUCUAGGAUUGAAGCGUGGAUUGGGACAGGCUUGUAUCAAACGGAUUUUCGACCAAUCGACUUGGCCGAACAUCUAGCAAUAGGGCGCGAUCUCUUCCUGGUGAAGACGAUGGAAAAGCAGAAGGAAUUGCCGCAAGAAUUCUUUUUUCCGCAAGAUCGUCUGGGGGUCGCGGGAUGGGCUACGGAAGGAAUCCAUCGGGGCUAUUCAAUCCUCGUCUUUUGCUCCUCGAAAGCCGACGUGGAGAAUACGGCAUCUGAUAUUGCUAAGGCUUCGCGGGAACUACAACGCAGAGGGGUCCUGCCUCAGAUGGUAGUGAACGAGGACUCACCACUUUGGGCUUUGAAGCAAGAACUUGAGCGAUUAGGUGAAAUUGAUGAAAACUUGAUUCGAUGUCUCAAGUAUGGCAUUGGCUUUCAUCACGCAGGGUUGACUGUAGAAGAGCGGGAGUGUCUUGAAAAAUACUUUCGAAAAGGCGCGAUUCGUGUCCUUGUCUCCACGUCUACCCUGUCCUCGGGGGUAAAUCUUCCGGCGAAUCGCGUCAUUAUGAAGGCACAGACCCGCGGCCCAAAUGCGAUCAACGCCGUCACAUACAGGCAAAUGGCCGGUCGAGCCGGUCGAAUGGGGCUGGCUGAGAAAGGUGAAUCAAUCGUGAUCGUCUCGAGAAGUGAGCUGGAACUCCUGCAGAAAUUGAUCGCGCGCAAUCAAAUUUUUAAUGAGUUCAUCAAGCGGGAUCCGCGAAGGCUAGUGUUAGAGGCGACCAGCACAAAAAUUUGUCGAAAUAAAAGUGAUGUUGAGCAGCUUCUGGGCUAUCUUCUCUACCCAUCUACCCAUACGGCCGAGGAGAUUAUCGAUGAGCUGUCCGCUGGUCAUUUCAUCACCAAGAAUAUGUCCGCAGAGGGAGUGCUGGAAAUUGACUCGACGCAAUUGGGGAUGGCAACAAUAAAUUCAUCGCUACCGCCAUAUGACGCGCUGCGCGUCUUUAGCGACCUGAAGAAAGCGGUGAACAAUGUGAACUUGAACACCGAGCUGCAUUUGCUAUUCUUGAUUGUCCCGGUAAGUGUUUCGCUUUGGAACCAGGUGGACUGGCAAUUGCUUCACGGUAUCUACACGACGCUGGACCCGAUCUCUGUUGGUGUUGCUCGAAUCGUGGGUGUCUGUGAAGCGAUGUUGGUCCGUUUGAUGCGCGGUACAACUGUCCAGAAUGAGACUCAAUCGAUCUGCAAACGUUUCUUUGCGGCAAUGGUUCUGCAAGACUUGAUCAACGAAAAACCCAUGGCCGAAGUUGCGCAAAAAUUUCGACUGAAUCGGGGCUCACUCCAGGCUUUCCAACAACAUUCGGCAAUGCAUGCAGCGAUGGUGGUCACGUUUUCUUCGCGAAUCGGCUAUUACAUGCUGCACAAGGUGCUCGAGGAGUUCUCUUAUCGAUUAGCGUUCGGGAUUAGAAGGGAACUCUCCGAACUCGUCCAAUUGGAGGGCAUCGAUGGUUCUAGGGCUCGCGCCUUCCACGAAGCCGGCAUUACCUCGUUGAAUUUGUUGGCAAAUGCAGACCCCAAGGAUAUUACAAGAAUUCUUCAAUCUGUCGUCCCCUUUGAAAGCGAUUCCGCCGAUCACACAGUGGCUGAAUGGUUGUUCGGUGCUGGGUUGAUGAAGCUCCCAGACGCCGUGCGUGCGCUCAUGGAUGGAGCCAACGCCAUUCUGCUGCAGAAGAUACGGGAACUCGGUUGGGUCUCCUCUACUCAGGUCGACGAAAUCAAACGCAACAAGAGGGCGCUGGUCGCAGAGGCAUUCGUGGAGCACUCGGGAGAUGCGCCACAACUGGAAAUUGCCGAUUCGGGAAUGGGCGCGAGCGUGAUCUCGACCCAGCCGGCCCAAAAGAUCAGCCGUCCCCUCAUAAGCGCCGAAUCCGAGCCUGCAUCUUCUGAAGACACGGAGGGGUUGACACGGACACCGACGCCCCCAUCGAAUCCCCACAACAUCAGCACGCUCAGCAUUGCCGACGUGUCGAACAUCGAGGAGAGCUUCUCGAUGGCGAGUUUAGGAAUAUAUAGCGUCCCGGAUUAUAUUAUCAUAGAUCCCAACCAGAGCAGUGACUUGUUUGAUGGAUCGCCGCAGCCAUUGAGGACGCAGAAUGGCCAAAAUUACAAACGUGACUCGGGGCCGGUUACCGGAUUGAAGCGUCUGUUCACGAAAGCGACAGCUCCUAUCUCGCCGAGCACCUCGAGCCCGGUGGCGAAGGUGCUGAAGGGAACGACGUUGAGCUCGGAUGAAUCAUUGCAAUACCUGGCAGCGGCGCUUCCGUCCUGUUCUCGCCAUAAAUUUAGCAUCGACUAUUUUGAUAACGUCACCACUUUGGCGUCGGUACAAGCCAGCGGAGAUCCAUCUGUUUGGAACCUAUUCCUUGAACGGUGUUCCCGCUCGGCCGAGGCUUCUAUCGCUUGUGCCCUUCAAGGGGAAUGGAACGAUGAGACCGUCGCCUCCAUAUACAUACUCCUCCCCGAAUCACCAGUCGUCAAUAUCAUCCAUUUCGAUGAAAACGCCAGUCCUGUCAUCGCGUUGGAGGAGCGAAUCGUACAGUUGGCCCGGAUUUUGAAAGAAAUGGAUAUGCUAUAUGUUUUUGAUGUGACGCGGGUUGCGCUGGCGCUACGGCAAACGGACGUCAGACUGGAGGUGGCACAUCCAUUUGACGUGAAAUAUCUCUCGUACCUAGUUCUUGAGCGCGAACCCCCAUUCCGAGAUGUCUACAAAAAUGCUCAGCUGACGAGUAAAUUAUCGCACACUAUGUAUUUUGGGGCGAACAUCGAGUCUAGGAUUGCAUUUGAGGCGCUAUCUUUGCCCGCGCUCUACAAUUCCUAUGCAACGAUGGCGAAACGGCAGCACAAAUCUAGCUUCUUGAAGCCCGAAUUCGAAGCGGUCGAGGCGAUAGUACGAAUGACCAGCAACGGGAUACGACUGAAUAAAAAGGUGUGGGAUGAACGACUGGCGCAGAUACGGCGUCGUCUAAUUGAGUUACGCGAGGACUUUGCUGAUUCUGUGAAACAAUUUGUCCCACCGGGGUCUUAUCUCGACAUUGAUGACCCGAAAGAUGUGGAAACGCUCCUCUACGACAUCCUGAAGCUUCCACAUGAGGCGACGGCCAAGGGGAAGCGAUCGACGUCGAAGGAGAUGUUGGAAAGGAUCCCACCCUCUCGGCACCCGGCUCCUCGCCUUGUCAUCGACUAUCGACAUCUGAAAUUUGUGCUAAAGCAACAACUUGUCCCUCUUCGCUACACCGUCAAAGCGGGUCCCACUGCUGAAUUUUUGAUGGUCUUUCCAAAGUUGAAUUUGUGUACGAAUACAGGUAGAAUCAUGACGACGAGCCCGAAUAUUCAAUGUCUGUCGCAGCAUGAGCGAAUGCUGAUAGUCCCCAGAGAAGGCUGGAUUUUGAUUGGCAUAGACUAUGCGCAGCUCGAAUUGCGCGUGUUGGCGCAUAUGUGUGGCGAUGCGAAGCUGUGCGAACUACUGAGAAGACCAGAUUACGAUAUUUUUGCCGAUAUGGCCAAAAAUAUGGAUUGUGAGCGACAAGCGGCGAAGGUUAUGUGUUACGGCAUCGUGUAUGGUAUCGGAAAGGACUCAUUGGCCAAGAAAUUGGACUGCACCACGGCUGAGGCUGGCGAACUGAUCAACAAAUUCUACAAACUUUUCCCCAGAGUGAAAACGUACAUUAAUGAAGUGAAGGAACAAGCGCGCGGCCUUCGAAAAGUGUCUACGUUUUUGGGAAGAACGCGAAAUGUGGCGAUCGGGAGUAACGCAGAGGAGACAGGUGCUGAGGCUAGGAGAAGUGUCAACUUUAUCAUCCAGGGCACCGCCAGCGAGAUAUUCAAGAAAGCGUUUGUCGCCGUUGAUCGAUUGUUCAGAGAGGAAGCGCAAGGAGAAAUUGUGUUACCGGUGCACGAUGAAUUGCUGGUCCAGGUGCCGAAUCAGGAUGCUACCAUUAAUUCGACUUGCCGCUUGUUGCGUGCGACCAUGGAAAACGCGUUGCCGUUGACGGUUCCACUCUUUGUAAAGAUCAAUAUAGGUGUCACUUCAUGGGGCAAGUUGUCGCUGUUCAACGAGGGUGAUAAUUCU